CCCAUCUUUGGUUCUGGUUCUCUAAGUCAUGUCAAUUCUAUCCAUCAAGAAAAACUUUCCUAAAGAUUUAUUAUGUGUGAAUGGUUAGAAUGACUUUAAUGAUUGCAGGGAAGGAAAUCAUAGGGAAUGUGCUAGAAAUCCACAGAAUGUUGCAUUUCCUCACAACUAGAAAUAUGCACAUCAGAUGCUCGAGAAAAUUCCUGAGCAACUAGUUUUGUUCCACUAGGUUUGCAUUGAGUUUGAGUUGGAUUUGAUAUCAAGAGAAAUUGUUUGUUUCUAAAAUUGAUGCAUCUUAAUGUUAUCUAAUUUUGUGUGAAACAAUAUAAAUUAUAGAUAUAAAUUUAGAACCGAUAUUGUACCGAUAUUUGAAACCGAGAUCUCCCCGAUACAAUGUUGUACCAGUGUACCGGUCCUCAGCCGAGACAAACCGAUAUCCGAUAUUAACUACAUUGGUUGCGGUGUCCUGAGCCAUCUUGUAAUGCUGCUGUUGGUCAAGACAUGAUAAACGUAUUCGCUUGUGAAGAAGGUAAGCAGAAGUAUUCUAGUUACCUUCUCAGGUCUUAUAUUGAAGAUAACAAAGAAUUCAAGUGGUGCCCUGCACCAGACUGUGGUUUAGCCAUUAAAUUUGUGAAUGGCAGUGACAGUUGUGAUGUUACUUGUGACUGCACUCAUAGCUUUUGCUGGAAUUGUAGCAAAGAAGGGCACCGUCCGGUUGACUGCGGCACAAUGGAGAAGUGGAUUUUGAAGAAUAAUGACGCGUCUGAACACGUAACAUGGCUAUUAGCUAAUUUCAAGCCUUGUCCAAACUGCAAACGACCGAUUGAGAAAAGUGUAAGGUGUAACCAUGUGAAGUGCUCAAUUUGUCAAUUUCGGUUUUGCUGGGUAUGUCUUGUUUCCGUAGAUAAUCAUUCUUGUAAUGGAUAUAAGGGCGAUGUGGCAAAUAACAACUUGGAGAGAAACACAACUAGAAAACAUUUGGCGAAAUAUAUUCAUUACUAUGAAAGAUGGGUAGCUAGCCAUAUGUCGUUGGAUCCGGCAGUGAUAUCUAUGAGGAAUUUGGAGAUAUAUCACCAAGAUUAUGGAUUUGUACAAUUUGAAAACGAUAAUUUUGCUCCAGAUCCUAAGCAACAGGUUGUUUCACAAGUUUCAUCGACAAAAUAUGAGGAGUUAAAAGUUCUCAUGAGUACUGCAAAACAAAUGAUUCUGUCAUGGAAAAACAUACUUUUUACUUCACGGCAAAGGAUCUUUGUUAGAGCUUUGGGUACUACUGCCAGCUGGUUUCAUGAUAACAUUCAUGUUACAAACCCAAGUAAUUCAGAGAUGCCAAUUCUAUUGAAUCUGGCUGCGGCUGUUGAGAAUCAUAAAGGAACUGCGCAAGAGAUUUCUGCAUUAUUGGGGAAGUUGACUAUUGCCUACUACAAACUUUUAGGUCUCGAUUACACUCGCAGGAUAUUUGACCGUGGAAAAGGAUUCCAACUAAUUCAGGUUUUUUCCUAUUAUGUUGGUUAUUAUGAAUUAUGUUUCUACACGACCACUUGUUCGUUGGUACUCUAUGCAUCUUCCGUUUUAAAUACCGAGUACAAGAAUUCUGUCUGUAAGCUAGUUCUUCCACCUGGGUAUGGAUUAAAGCUGUUGAUUAUCAAUGUAAGUGUAAUUGUGUUGGUUAAACAUGGUGACGAUGAUGAUAGUAGCAAGAAUGUGCCUUCUGCUGCAGUGGCGCGGAAAGGAUUCUAUAAGCAGCCCGACUUUGUCAUCAACUAUGAGGAUGCCGAAUUAUUUAUUAUCCAGCCAUACAGUGAAGAUAAUUUUCUUAGAAUCUGGACAAACACUUGGAAUGAGAAGAGAAAACUAGUUGGUACAUCUCACAAAACAAAGGAGAAGCAAAAUAGAUCCUGCAUAGUUUUUAUUUUCUUCUCGGAUAAUGCUAGUACACAGUUCUGUGGCGUGGCUGAGAUGGUAGGAUCUGUUGAUUUUGAUAAGAUAAUAUCUUAUUGGCAGCAAGAUAAGUGGAACAGGCAUUUCACUGGGAUUUGUCUCAUAAUGAAACAUAUACCCAUCAGUCAGUUUUGUCUUCUCAUAUUGAUUCAUGAUCGUCAAUUCUCGACUCAAACGAGUGCAGAUCAUCAUGAUUUAUACAAUGUCAAAAUAGACGAAUUUGCACAACGUGCUAACAAACAAGUUUAUGUAGGAAUGUUUGUUCGAGCAUCAGGAUUAGACUUGGGAGGCAAGAUCUUAUUCACGGAGGGUGGAGCGCUAAGAGGGCAGGGACAGUUUACAAACCAUGUUGUGAAAGCAUUGGUGUUAGAGAUGUGGAAAUUCGAAAAUAAAAAGAGUGGGAAAGAUGGCAAGUAUUUUGGCUACACAAUAAUAUUUAAUUUUCUAUUUACUUUACACAAGAUCUGAAUGUAGUAAAAUUGUAUCUGUCAUAUGUUUUUUCCAUUUUGGUAAUAGGUAUA